AUGGCAAUGACAAACAAUAAAACGCAAUGUGUUAUAUGUAAUAAAGAUAAAAUAACAUAUCUUUGUGAAGGAUGUUUGAAAAACUUUUGUUUGAUGGAUUUAACAAAACAUCGUCAACUAUUAAAUGAAGAACUACAUCAUAUUAUUAACGAUUAUGAUCAAUUCAAACACAGAUUUACUGAACAAAAACCGAAUCCACAUGAUCUUUUUUUAAUAAAUGAAAUUAAUGAAUGGGAAAUAGAUUCAAUUGAAAAAAUUAAACAAAAAGCAAAAGAUUGCAUAGAAAUUGUUAUUAAAUCAUCACAAAUAUUUUUGAAUGAUAUUGAAAUGAAAUUUAAUGAUUUAAAUGAACAACUUAAACAAUUUCGUAGUGAAAAUGAAUUUAAUGAGAUAAAUUUAAAUUAUUUAAGAGAUGAAUUGAUAAAACUCAGACAAGAACUAAAUAGUCCAUCGAAGACUUAUACUCAACAAGAAUCUGAACCAUUUAUUAAUGAAAUUUCAAUUAUUUCAUUAGAAAGACCAACAUUCAACAAAUGGAAACAAAAUGCCAACACUGUAGCUGGUGGCGAUGGAUUUGGACAAAAAUUAACUCAAUUCAAAUAUCCUUAUGGAAUCUCUAUUGAUGAAAAGAAAAAUAUUUUCAUUGCUGAUUGUGAUAAUCAUCGUAUUAUUGAAUGGAAAUAUAAUGCAAAGGAAGGACAAAUUAUUGCAGGUGGAAAUGGACAAGGAAAUAAAAUACAUCAAUUGAAUCAUCCAACAGAUGUAAUUGUUAACCAUCAAAAUCAUUCGAUUAUCAUUGCUGAUCAAGGAAACAGAAGAGUGGUUCGAUGGUUAAAUCGAAAUCAACAAAUUCUCAUUGACAAUAUUGACUGUUUUGGCUUAGCAAUAGACAAACAUGAAUUUCUUUAUAUUUCUGAUUAUACGAAGAAUGAAGUAAGACGAUGCAAAAUGGGUGAAUAUAAUGAAGGAAUUGUAGUAGCAGGUGGAAAUGGAGAAGGAAAUGAACUUAAUCAACUCAAUUCUCCAGGUUUUAUCUCUGUUGACGACGAUCAAUCUAUUUAUGUAUCAGAUAGAGAUAAUAAUCGUGUGAUGAAAUGGAGAAAAGGUGCAAAAGAAGGAAUAAUUGUGUCUGGAGGAAAUCUCAAUCAAUUAUCUUACCCUCGAGGAGUAAUUGUCGAUGAUUUGGGCCGAAUCUAUGUAGCAGAUAUGUGGAAUCAUCGAGUAAUUCGUUGGUGUGAAGGAAAGGAAGAAGGUGAAUUUAUUGUUGGUGAAAAUGGAAAAGGAAAUAAAUCAAAUCAAUUAAAUAAUCCUUAUGGUUUAUCUUUUGAUAACGAGGGCAAUCUCUAUGUUGCUGAUUGUGGAAACGCUCGAAUUCAAAGAUUCGACAUUGUUUUGUAA